AUGGGCGAGGUUUCCUACCAUAUUCCGGCACAAACUGCAAACCCCGUCGCCAGCGGGAUCCGAAUCCGGGACAUACCUACAUCGGAAUCACACUUUGGAAGCCGCGCAACUCUCGAGCUGGAGGCCCCGAUCAAGUUGCUCGACCUUGGCAAGUACAUUGUAAAGCGGACGGAGAUUGGUUCGCCGUGGCCGAUGAGCAAACCACUCGAACAGUUUUACUCCCGAUCCACGUUCACGGAUGGGGCGGCCGUCAUUGCCUAUAAACCGUUUGUCAUGGCCCGCGCGGACUCGGGGGCAGCAGUUGGAUGGAUAGCGGUUGAUGAGGGUGUUUUGCCAACCCACGAGCCCAUGUUUGCCGUGUGUUUCUCCGGGAACGAGGUGAACGGAAAGUUUGACGGGUUCAACGUGCUAAUUGUGGGGGAAAGAGACGGUAAAGGCGGAGGGCUGAAGAGACAUCUUGUGAGGCUCGGCAUCGGCGAGAUUCAGGAGGAAGGGUGGUUUGAUGGUGCUUCUCUAGAGAGAAUCUGGGUGAAAUAA